CAAACACGUCGGCAUAAAUCUGACAUCCACAGCUGCCCCCCUCCACCACCUCCUCCUCCUCUCCCCCCACCCUCCAUUCUUUCGUCUCCUGACGGACUUCAUCACUUUAUCCCUCUGUGCAGUUCCUCCGAUGCCCGAGACCGGGGUGAAACAACGGAUUUUUCCCUCUUGAGCAUGAAAAGGAUUGCCAAAUCAUCCGCAAUCCAACAUCAGCGCCCGAGCCGCCAGCAGCAUGAGCACUGGAUACAUAUGCUCCAGCAGAAGUUGUGGGCUAGAGAACUAACACGUCUCGGACCACAGACACAGCAGAGAGGGGAGAGUCAGUUUUAGGUCUCCACAUAAUGGAGCGAGAAUGAACAGAGAGCGGCUUAAAAAAAAGCAUGAACUGGAGGUUUAUUGAGGUCAUCUGCUUCCUGUUUAUAUGGGACCAUAUAACAGUUCAGUCUUCCCGCCAGGACCCAUUGGCAACUGAGCAACAUGUCACCAAGCAAUAUGACUGGCUCAUCUCUGACCGCGGACCUUUCCACCACUCUCAAAGUUAUCUGUUCUUUGUGGAAAAAUUCAGCAAAGGAUUUACGACCAGAUAUAAAAUUUAUAGGGAAUUUGCACGUUGGAAGGUGAGGAACACAGCGAUAGAGAGAAGGGACCUGAUCCGGAACCCUGUGCCACUCAUGCCCGAGUUCCAGCGCAGUGUGCGCUUGCUGGGCCGUAGACCUACGACUCAGCAGUUCAUUGAGACCAUCAUUAAAAAAUAUGGAACACACAUUCUCAUCUCAGCCACCCUGGGAGGAGAGGAGGCACUCACCAUGUACCUAGCCAAGAACAAGCUGGACAGGAAGCUUGUUAACAGUACUCAGAACGUGGAGGCCCUUCAUCAGCUGGCCUCAUCAUACUUCAUUGACCGUGACGGCACGAUGAGGAAACUGCACGAGAUCCAGAUUUCUACCAAUGCCAUCAAGGUGACAGAGACACGGACAGGACCACUGGGGUGUAGCAGCUAUGACAAUCUGGACUCAGUCAGCUCAAUCCUUCUGCAGAGCCCUGAGAGCAAGCUUCAUCUGCAAGGUCUUCAGGUCAUUUUCCCAGAAUACCUGCAGGAGAAGUUUGUCCAGUCGGCUCUGAGCUACAUUAUGUGCAACGGAGAAGGAGAGUACGUGUGCCGUAACAACCAGUGCAUCUGUCAGUGUGCCGAGGAGUAUCCACAAUGCAACUGUCCCACCACCGACAUCCAGAUCAUGGAGAAAACCCUGCUGGGGAUGUCUGAGUCAUGGGCUGCCUCUUACAAAGACUUUGAGAGCUCUGAUGAGUUCAAGUCUUUCCUGAAGAGGUUGCCCUCCACUCACUUCCUGCCCAUCAGCAGUGUGCAUCUCCUGUGGGGCAGUGACUGGGACCUGCAAGCCCGCUAUAGGCUACUCCAGAGUUCCCUGGAGAUCCAGCGACUCAAGAUCCAGCGCACCGCCCGCAAGCUCUUUGGUCUCAGCAUCCGUUGUCACCACAACCCUAACCACCAGAUGCCUAGGGAGAGGUCUGUGAUGCAGUGGCUAAACCGGGUUCAGUCUUUUCUCUACUGCAACGAGAAUGGGUUCUGGGGGACCUUCCUGGAGAGCCAAAGGACAUGCGUGUGCCACACUGGUGUAACCCUGUGCCAGAGACCCAUCCCAUGUGUCAUAGGUGGCAACAACAGCUGUGCCAUGUGCAGCCUGGCCAACAUCUCACAGUGUGGCUCCUGCAACAAAGGCUACAAGUUGUACCGCGGGCGCUGCGAGCCCCAGAACGUGGACUCAGAGCGAAGCGAGCAGUUCAUCAGCUUCGAAACCGAUUUGGAUUUUCAGGACCUGGAACUCAAGUACCUCUUGCAGAAGAUGGAUUCACGGCUUUACAUUCACACGACGUUCAUCAGUAAUGAGAUCCGCCUCGAGACAUUCUUUGACCCUCGGUGGCGUAAGCGCAUGUCCCUGACACUGAAAAGUAACAAAAACCGGAUGGACUACCUUCACAUGAUAAUUGGUCUGUCAAUGAAGAUUUGCCAGAUGCGAAAUAGCAGUAUUGAUCCCAUGUUCUUUGUUUAUGUCAACCCUUUCAGUGGCAGUCACUCAGAGGGCUGGAGCAUGCCCUUUGGUGAGCACGGUUACCCUCGCUGGGAAAAAGUACGGCUGCAGAACUCCCAGUGCUUCAAUUGGACUCUUCUGCUGGGCAACCGGUGGAAGACCUUCUUUGAGACGGUGCACAUCUAUCUGCGUAGUCGCGCUAAGAUCCCAACCGGCUUACGCAAUGACACAGGGCAGGGUCCAGUGGAUCUUGGAGACCCUAACAAACGGCAGAUCUACAUAAAAAUAUCUGAUAUUCAAGUUUUUGGCUACAGCCUGCGUUUCAACGCCGACCUGCUCCGUAGUGCCGUGCAGCAGGUUAACCAGUCGUACACGCAAGGAACUCAGUUCUACUCAUCCUCAUCUGUUAUGCUCCUGCUACUGGACAUUAGGGAUCGGAUUAACCGCUUAGCCCCUCCAUCGGCCCCCGGGAAACCCCAGCUGGACCUCUUCUCUUGUAUGUUAAAGCAUAGGCUCAAGCUCAACAACAGUGAGAUGAUUCGAGUUAAUCAUGCCUUGGACAUGUACAGCACAGAAAUACUAAAACAGUCAGAUCACCUGACUGCCAAACUUUGUUGAGCAUAAUAACAUUCACACAAGGACAACAAACUAAACACACAAACACCCAACAAGUGGACUAUAACGGGGUAUUAAUCUUACUUUCUUUCUCGUUUUCAUUUUUGGACCUUUUCUGCCUUUUGAUGUAAUAUUAACUUUGUAACCACGAUUCUUAACAAGAAAAAAAAAGAAAAAAAGAAAGGCAGUGAUAAAAAGCAUUUCAGGAAGAUAAAGAAGAUAAACGGAUAAACUCUAAGGACUGUAUCAUAUUUGUUCCAGCAUGUCUGUCAUUCCCUAAAACAACUUACAAGAGAGAGAGAG